AUGAAGCUCUCCGUCGAAGACGUGCAGGAUGCGCACCCCAUCGACCGCGUCAACGGCCGCGUAACCCUGCUGAAAGCCCUCCAGUUCGUCUGCACCUUCACCGAGCCUGAGGCCGGCUUCCUCGACGCCUUCGACUUCCAUCACGGCGGCGUCAGCUUUGACCUCAUCAACGGCCCGCCCGAAGGCGGCUCAAGAACCUUGGAUUGGAAUGAUGCUUGCAAUAUCAUUAGAGGCUUUCUGGGCUUCUGGGAGAAUGUGGUGCAGGAUUUCGAGGAAAUGGAGUUUUUGGUUCUUAGAGGGGGAAAGGUGAUAGGGCAUGGGGAUGUGGAGGAUGACGAUGAGGGGGAGAGGCCUGUGGCCGCUCAGGCGGUGGAGAAAAGGACGCGCAUGCGCGUCAUUGCGCUUGCUCGCCUCACGCGUGUUGCGCUUUUUCAAUCAUGA